UCAAUUUAGAACAGUGUUUCUGCACGCGCGGUGAGAUAUUUUAUACAUGUUAUUUGUAUUACAUUGAACCAAUUGUGAUUUCAAAUAAGUAAAAUAUUGUCAAAGAGAAUAAAAAUGGCAGACACAGCAAUGGACAACUCUGGUAGACUUGUAAAGAUGGAAAUGAAUUACAGUAGUGCAUGCGAUACAAAAAUUCCAGAAUGCAAGAAACUUGCUUCUGAAGGAAAGCUCCACGAUGCUUUGGAUCAAUUAUUGGCUUUGGAAAAACUUACCAGAACUAGUGCCGAUAUGCCAUCGACAUCAAGACUUCUGGUAGCUAUAGUUGAGAUUUGCUUAGAAGCAAAAAAUUGGUCUGCACUUAAUGAACACAUAAUUUUAUUAUCAAAGAGACGUACUCAGCUUAAACAGGCUGUUACAAAAAUGGUUCAAGAAUGUUGCACUUACAUAGACAAAAUGCCUAAUAAAGAAGUUAUGGUGAAACUAAUAGAAACACUUCGUUUAGUCACAGAAGGAAAGAUAUAUGUGGAAGUGGAAAGAGCAAGACUUACACAUCGUUUAGCUAAAAUAAAGGAGGCAGAAGGAGACAUUACAGGUGCUGCGGCAGUAAUGCUUGAAUUACAGGUGGAAACAUAUGGCAGUAUGUCACGACGAGAAAAAGCUUCUCUUAUCUUGGAACAGAUGAGACUCUGUUUGGCAAAAAAAGAUUUCAUGAGAACACAAAUUAUUGCUAAGAAAAUUAAUAUUAAAUUUUUCAGUGAUGAGAAUGAUGAAGAAACUCAAGCUCUGAAGUUGAAAUAUUAUGAUUUAAUGAUGGAAUUGGCUCGUCAUGAGGGAUGGCAUCUGGAACUAUGCCGUCAUAAUCGAGCAGUAUUAGAGACUCCUACGAUUCGGGACGAUUCAGAGAAAAGACAUACUGCACUUUCUCGAGCGGUCUUAUAUCUUGUGCUUGCUCCACAUGAACCGGAGCAAGCUGAUUUGACUCAUAGAUUACUUGCUGACAAACUUUUAGAUGAGAUACCCACAUACAAGGAAUUACUACGUUUAUUUGUAAAUCCCGAGUUAAUAAAAUGGUCGGGAUUGUGUGAAAUUUAUGAGAAAGAUCUUAGAGCAACUGAAGUUUUCUCUUCCUCAACAGAAGAAGGUCGCAAACGAUGGACAGAUUUGCGGAAUCGUGUUGUAGAACAUAACAUCAGGAUCAUGGCUAAAUAUUACACCAAGAUUACCUUAACUCGUAUGGCUGAACUGCUAGAUCUUCCAGCUGAAGAAACGGAAGCCUGUCUUUGCAACUUAGUAGAAACUGGAAUAAUCAGCGCGCGUACAGAUCGUCCAGCCGGCAUAGUUCGUUUUACUGGUACACAAGAACCAGCUGCUCUCUUGGAUACAUGGGCUGCUUCUUUAUCGAAAUUAAUGAGUCUUGUGAAUCAUACAACACAUUUAAUUCAUCAAGAAGAAAUGUUAGCUGUUGCGCAAUCUUAAACUUGGUAUGUGAAAUAUAAAUAAAUCACAUUAAUAUGUAAACUACUUAUAUAUUUUUUCGUAUAAACUAUUUACUUUUGUGUUACUUAAUAUUUUUUAGCACAUUUGUAUACAUAUAUAAAUUCAUGAAUUUGUUACCAAAUUAACUAAUUCUUCAAGUGCAUUUUGAAUCAAAAAUAUGUUAAAAUAAAAUAUUUCUCUACACUGA